AUUCACACUCACAUUUGAGCUCGUCCGGAUUGUGUUUGGCACUGUCCCGGCCUGUGUCCGUGAGUGCAACGCAGAGGCAGACAGCUGAUGAUGAGCCUCUGGGGUGUAUUUAAAGCCAGGGGAAAGCGGAAGUCUGGCCCGCUGCGUGUUAUCAGCUGAGAGCCGCUAGCUAGCACAGCGCUGAAUAGCAUAUACACCAUUAGCCAGCUGGCAGGACUGCACUUUGACCGAAUGCUGUCACUUCACACGUACGGCUAAACAUGAAACGAGAAGGAAAUGCGAGUGUACUAGGGCGCUGAUGGCUGUCGCCGUAAAACACUUCUAAGAAGACGACGCGGGAAACUAACCAUUCCCAACCUGUGGAAAAGCAGAGUUUGAGCCUUCUGCUCCCUCCGUCAUCCCUCUGUCGUCCCCCUUCGCACCCUCACCUCCGUCUCUGCGGCCAGUGUCUGGACGCCGUAAACCAUGACGACAGGCGGGUGUUGCCACCUGCCAGGCUCUCUGUGCGACUGUGCCAGCAGCACGGGCCUGUGGAAGAGCGUGGAGGAAGCAGGUGGUGACGGGUGCCCGGCGCUCUACGUCACCCAGGUCACAGCCAUAGAUGGGCGGUUACUGUCCUCUGUGCUCAAACCCAUGGGUACACAAAGUGAUGGUCCCAUCUGUCGUAUUUGCCAUGAAGGUGGCAACAGUGAGGGUCUCCUGUCCCCCUGUGACUGCACAGGCACCCUGGGCGCGGUGCACAAGAGCUGCUUGGAGAAGUGGCUGUCGUCUUCCAACACCAGCUACUGUGAGCUCUGCCACACAGAGUUUAGCAUCGAGCGCCGACCCAGGCCCCUCACAGAGUGGCUACGGGACCCCGGCCCUCGUAAUGAGAAAAGGACGCUGUUCUGUGACAUGGUAUGCUUCCUGUUUAUCACACCUCUAGCAGCCAUUUCAGGCUGGCUGUGUCUGAGAGGCGCUCAGGACCAUCUUCAUCUGGGGAGCUGGCUGCAGGCCGUGGGCCUCAUCGCCCUCACCAUCGCCCUCUUCACCAUCUAUGUUCUCUGGACCCUGGUAUCUUUCCGCUACCACUGUCAGCUGUACUCUGAGUGGAGAAGAACAAAUCAGAAAGUACGUCUGCUCAUUCCCGAAGCCAAGGAGUCUAACUCUUCCCAGCAUUCUUUGCUCUCCACUAAACUGAUGAAGAAGUCUGCCAAUGAGAGUAUAGUAUGAGUCCAGCUGGACAUGGUCAGUGAUAACGGUGUCUUUUUUGCGUGGGGGCUGAUUCUCAGUGCAUCAUGCCCGCCAGCAGGACUUUAACGAAGCACUUGUGGGUUUUUUUUUUUUGUUGCUUUUUUUCCCAUUUUUUUUUUUCUUUGCCCCAUUGGUACUUAUUUUUCCCACAUUGCAUUUUAAGAAAUAUGUCCUUGUGUGGGAGCAGAACUGAGCACAUUUUAAUGGAGUUUGUCUGUCGUCACGCUGGGUGUUGACCAAGCUUAAAGACAAAGGCACUGAAGAACGGAACGGCACGUGAAAAAGAGCAGAGGCAUGGACGCAGACUCACCCCGUAGGAUGUAAUGAUAACAGUAGCUAACAGUGAAAGUAAAGUAAGGGAUGGACCAAACUAACUUGUUUAGCGGAGUAUGAAGUGUUUUAAUGGUUGCACUGCUGAGUUUCAGCAACCUGUCCACAGGUGACUGCAGAGAGCACGUCCAUUCAUUGUUGUGCUGCAAUGAUGAAAGUCUGCAAACUGCUAGAUACACGUCAUAUCUGAACAAGCACUUACCUACUUAGGCCUGAAAAGUUCUUUGAUUUAUUUACAUUUCACAGUCCAGAUGCCAGUAUGCUGUCGGGGAUCAAACAAGUUUAGCACAAGUCUUCUAGACUGGAGUCCUCUGCGUUUGUCUUUACAUCUCAUCCAUGAACGGAUGGUAAAGCCAGGCAUUAGUAAAGCCAGAGAUUGUGCAAUAAAACACUGUGGACAUAGACGUCGUCCCAAUACAUGAACAGACCUCUACCAACAUGCACAGUCAUGCAUGCAACCACUGUUAAUAAUUUUUGGGUUGUUUUUUUUUCACUCUUAGUGUAUGAAAAGUCAUUUUUUAAACCACUAAAGAAUGAACAGAUUUACUAUUCCUACUGCAGCAGGGUCUAACAGUGUCCUCACAGAGGUUCUUGUCUUAUCAGCACUUAACAAGUAGGUCUGCAUAUUUAUAUAGAUUGAUAGAAAACUCCCAUCAAAAUGGCUUUUAGAGGAACAUUUUUACAAGCAUUGCUUGGUGGCUGGUACAGUGUACUGAAACUUAAUUAUUAACCUUUUUUUUUAAAAUAAUACACAUCGCUAUAUGUGUGUAGUUUCCAUGAUCAGAACAAUCAGGGAUAUAGAAACUUUCCGCAGACUUUUUUCUUUCCAGUCAUGGUUAAACAUAGUUUCUCAGGAGGUGGUUUUUAGUGCUUCUGCCAGUCAAACUUAAAACUUAACCCACCAACAGUGACUGUCACGGUGGACACAUUAUGCAAGCACCACUAAGGCCAAAUCUGACUUUAGCUUUGUUUUGUAUUUUCUUUCAAGCAGGCCACGAGAUGCUCACAUGCUUUUCUAAGUCCAUUUGAUGAAUGCCGUCUUCUUUGUGGGGUGCCAGCUUUCCCUUAUAACGUUGUGACGUUACUGAUCAGAGUCAGCUUGUACUGGUUGUGUUAGAAGUUUGGGAAAGUGGAGAGAAUUCGCUUCUCUCUUGUACAUAGUUGGGUGCAGUUUGUAACCAGGUCACUUAUAGUGGCUGUUAAUCGACCAGUCAGAGAUGACGAUCUGUGCUUUGAGAGGCAGAAAGACACAAUCCACAGAGUCUGCCUGGUUUCCAGAUUUCCAUGUUAUAACGUGGUCCGCUUUUGGACAUGGUUUAUUUCUUCAUUCCGUUCAAUUUGGGUUAUGAGGAGACGGUUAAUUGCCACUUUAACACACGGUGGGCUAUGCACAGGGUGAGGAGCUUCGAGAUGAAAACCCCAGAAAUGUUUGAAGUGUUGAACAAUAUUAAAACCAACAUAAUUCAGUCUAUGACCCUGAUGAAGGCUCAAACACGCUGGCUUUAAGAAUACAACGCCAUAAUCCUCAUAGGGGUCAUGCAGGUGUUAAGCUUAGAAUUCAGUAUUAUUGUGUAUAUCUUCCUUUUUUUUUGUUUUUGUUUCAUUUAUAGGUGUGUAAUUCUGUGGGAUGCAAUUGGGAAAAAAAAAAUACCUUUGAGCGCUGAUAGCAAUGGGGCAAGCUUUAAAUGAGUCUGAUGAUCAUCAGUCUGAUUAUUAUUAAUUGUAUUAUUAUAAACUACAUUUUAAUUCCAAAUUAAUUUUGGGAUUUCGUUCUUCUCUGUUCAUUGUAACAUUUACAGCUUUGUCACUUUGUUUGAUUUUUAUUUUGAUCAUCAUACUUUGAUCAUGGUUUGUUCUUCCUGUGUGCUUUUUAUUAAGUUUCUACUCGAUGGAUCCAUUUUGUGUCCAUCUGGCAUUCAGUGUUGGUUCAGUAUGAACAUGUGCACUACACUGCCUAUGGUGUGCAGAGCUCUAAAAUCUGGAUUUUAGGCAUAAUUGUGUUAAUAAUACCUUGUAUUUAAAAUACAUACAUAUUUACUUAAUAACAAUCAUGCUUGAACAAUAUUUUACUUAAACUUGUGUGUGAUUGAGUGACAAAGUCACAAAGAGGCAGAUGUGUUGUGAAGGAGGAAAUGCAAACCGUUUCCAUCACAGCAAAUUUUGGUCCUUGGUUGUUAGUAAACAUCAGGACAUCGGUUUUUGUUUUCCUCCUGCACUGCGUUGACUGUCAUGAUCUGAUAUGUUACAGGAAGAGGGUGUAUCUGAGUCAUGGUGUUUGGUGGGAAGCUGAAACCACUUCUGUUUGACUGCUGACAGUGUGGCAUUGCCGAUGGCAGUGGCAGUUAUUUCCUUGCCCUGGCUUCUUGUCUACACCAACAUUACACUUUGGAACAUGUAGCUUGUGGUGGGUCGUCCCACUUAACGCCCCAGUUAAUCGUUUGUUUGUGUUUUUAACUGAUCUAAGAACAAAGGAUUAUAUCCUGCGGCAUUGCGAUGCACGCCGGGUUCUCACCUGCCUUACAAGCUUAUGAGUCAUUUGAUUUGAUCAUCUGUGUGUUUACUGUUUGUCAUGAAUGAGGCUUUACUCCAGGUGUUGACAUCUGUCGGGCCACUGACUUGAAGUACAGAGGUGCAGUAAAUCAGAAUUGCUUGAAAACAAGAGACAGUUGAAUUUCUAGGUUGCAGAUAGUUUGUUUUCUGUAUUGGGAGUAUACACGGAGUUGCCCACAAAUUAUGCAACACUUCCCCUUCUGUGUUUCAGUACACAUUUACCAUAACGUGGUUACUUUAUGGUUACUUUAUGUAGAUUCCACAACUCAAACCCAGAAAGGGAUUUUUAAAUCAUUGUUUUCUUUGUUUAUUACUCAAAUGAACAUGUAGAUGUUACUUACGUUGUCUUAUGUUAUAUAACAUUUUCCUAAACUUUUUAUUCCACGUCUUCUUUUUGGAGGGUGGGUAUGUUUAUAUGUAUCAUUCGUUGCAAUUCUUCAGUAUUCGCAUUUUUAAAUACUCUGAUGUUUAUGGUGUGCUGUGGAAAAAAAAAAAAUAGAAAUUUGUCUUCACCAAAAUCCUGGUAACUGCAAUCAGCCAAGAAGUGUUUGCAAAGCAAA